AAAAGUUCCGUUUGCGAGUGAAAAUCUGUGUAAUAUUAUCGAAAAAGCGUGUAAAACUGAUUGAAUUUAUAUUUUUGGUGCAUAUUUUAUGUGGGAAAUGCAAUAAUGGAUCCAUUUACACAGAACAUUCUUGAGCGUGCUGAGAAACGAGCGGCCGCUCUUGGCAUUACGAAUACCUCCAAGUUUCCACUGUCGGAAUUUAAUUACGAAGUGGACAAGCAACCCACUGGUGGUUCGCCCAAGAAAAAGUCCGCCGUGAAGAAACACUCGGCACCGAAACCGCCAUCGACCACGAGCGUAUCUACGCGUACGGCAACGGACGGUGAGCGUACCACUACGGUGGACAUUGGCGGUCAGGACAAUUGUGAUGUAGCGCUGGAAAUAAACAUCACCACAAGCGCCAACCUGCAGGUUGAUCUGGGCGUGAAGGAACUCGAAAACGAUGGCACCGUUAAAAAGCAAUGGGAGCAUAAUAUUGUGCGUGCGCUUGAGGGUGAGAAGGAAAAUAGUGCCGAGGCGAAAAGUCUCAUCCGAGACCAAAGCCGGAAUCAGCUGCAACGGCUCGGAACGCUCUACUCCGAAACGCAGGAUCUUUCUUCGCCCGUGCAUCGUACCGAGGGUCGAUUUCAUGAGGAUAUGAAGCAAACCAGCAAACCCAAACCGAAGCUGGCAAAGCUAGCCAUGUUGGCAGAUUCGAUUAACAACUGGGAGGACGAUACUUCGCAUCCGGACAUUACGCAUCACCGUGAGACGAUUGUACCGGGUAGGGAGCCAAAAUCACCCACCGCCCGUCGACAAAGUCCUAAGCGUGCUGGAGGUAGCGGUUCUGUUGCAUCGGCUGCAACAGGUACGGGUGCAACGCCCAAAAAGUACCCAGCACCUAAUCCACCGAAAUCGAUCCUCAGUCCCCAUAAGCUGGGUAGCAACGGUGGUGAGUCGUCGGGGGCGGCAGGUAAACCGCUUCCAACGAAAUCGCUUAAAUGGGAUCAGAAAGUAAUGGACACGCUCGAAUCGCAAGGAUUCCAAAGGCGUGAAUCAACCACCUCGAAACUGGUGUACGAUUACCAGGAGGGUAAGAAUGGCAAAAAGCCGGACAACUAUCGGGCACAGACAGCAGCAGUCUCAUCUGCUACUACGACAUCUCGCGAACGGAGCACCACUCAGGUGGACCAAGCGGAGGAUGCGAAAAAAUCUGCGGCCACUGCUACUACUACUACUACUACUGCCACUCAGCAAAAAAAGCCUGGUGGACUGGUAUCGGGUCGUGCUGCAAUGUUCGAAAAGUCAUCCGGUCGGCGCCAAUCAAUCCUGAAACCGGGCCAAAAAGAUCCGGCCGAAAUGUCGCUCAAGGAGCGUAUGGCUAUAUUCGAGAAGAACAAGGGUGCCGCGCUAGUACCAAAGGCAGCAUUCGGUAUAAGUCCCUCGAUUCGACAGAUCACCGGACAGAAAGAUGGUGGAAAGUCUGCCUCAUCCGGAUCGGGACCGAUGUCUUGUGCCGCCAUUCAAGGGUCCGGUUUUGGGAGCAUAACGCAGCAAGCCCGAACAAACGUGGCACCAGCAUCGCCCCAGGGCAAGCCGAAAGCCGAUCACAGUAAAUCUGCACCAAAAGUCGAAACGAAAGCAACCGGUUCCGCGAUUCGUAAUACCGUGGAAGCGCUAAUGUCCGACACGAGCACAAUUUCGCAGUCGGAAAUUUCGGAAGAAAUCCGACGAAUGCGUCAGCAGGAGAUGGACAUGUUGCUGAACCGCUUCACCAAACCGGCCGACAUGUCGUCGGACACGAUUUCUUACGAUUCGCAGCCUAUCCCAUCUGCACCGCCGAUGCCGCCGGAGGGAUACCUCACAGCGAGCGGUAAGAAGAAAAGCAAGCAAUCUUUGGAGGGUAAUGGACACAAUGGACUUCCUGCUAAACGGCGCAGUGACGGUUCUAACGAUAGUCCGGGCGUAAUGGCUACCUUGGACGAGGUGAAACGUAUCCGCGUAGCGUCGACAGCAAAGGAUGGACGAAUGUACCCGGCACUGAGCGAUAUCGAAACGACAGCCACCGAAUCCGGCGAUGAAGGUGCAGUUGGGGAUGAUUAUACCACCGCAACUGUGUCCGGUUCGGAAGAGUCCGAGCGUGCUUACCGAACAUGCUACGGUGAUGUAGGGGACGAUGAACAUGCGGUAGAGGAGGAAGACGAGUACGAGGAAGAGGACGAUAAUGAACGACAUCGGUAUGAGGUGGAUGAGGAUGACGACAGCUUCAUGUAUUCGGACGAUGAUGAAGAAGCUAACAUUGCCAACGUAAGCCUGGGGCGCGAAAUUCUACAGGCCGUCAAACUUAACGAUCGUCGCACUAGCCGUGGUCGUCGUCAGAGCCAGGACUGGAACCAAGGGGAAGAAGAGGUUGCCCAGACGCAGGCCACGAAAGGUGUUACUUUCAGCCUAGAACGUUCCGAUGCCAGCGAUGGUUCGGAUCAGCUCGAGGACAGCGAUCUGCUCGAUGCCUGCCUCGAGGAAGCGUUUGUUGACGAGGUCGACGAAGACAGUGACACACCCCGAAAAUCUUCAGUGUCGUCCAAUAGUUUCUCCUACCAGAAGCACUCGGGUCGCGAUCGUUGCAAUACUAUAAACGAAGAAGACUCCGAAAAGGUGACCAGCAGUGGUGGAUCCAGUAAGCGUAAGUCUGGUACACCGCGCAAAAGCCACGGUGGCCAACCGCCGGCUGGUACCGUUGAUUAUAGCAGCCCGGUGCGUUCGGAGCUACAGGUGAAACCUUCAAAAGAUGAUGAUAUGGUCACGCUGGUCCACACCGUUAGCUUCUAUCGUCGUCAGCAACAGCAACAGAAUACGGUCACUCCACGCAAGAUUCCACGUCCUCCGAUUGUCACUUCCAAGACGACCAAUUCUCCUGGAAACAGAGCUGGCACAGUUGAUUCUACCGCAACAUUCGAUUCGGACGAGGAAGAUGUGUCCAGCACGGCGGAAUCGACCUCUACCGGCACGGAAGAGGGUGAAUUUUUGGUACAGGAAAAGGUGAAAAAACUCCUGGACGAAGUCUGCAAACAGCAGACGAUCAUUGCACAGGCCAGCCAAGCGCUGAACCUUUGUGCAGCAACAAUCGAAUUUUCCGGCUCAUCGGAAUCGGUCGAAGGCGAACGACAUCUGCUCGUAGCGACGCACCGUCGACAGGCCAUAUUGGAUGAGGUACAGCGUCUUCGCGUUGAGGGCUGUCUACGACCACCGGGUGCACCUACGGAAAAGGGUCGCCUGACGGUGAAAGACAUCACUCUGCCCCUCAAGCAGGAGUACAUGCGUAAGCUGGCAGCGGAUCAAAUAAGUGGCCAUAAUUUGGUGUGUCUACUGAAGUACAACGAAACGGUGCUGGCGACACAGACGGCACCAACACUGCCGGGGCUGCUAUCCGUACGGUUUCCGGACGUGCUUCAGCUGAGCAACGUGUUUGCCGAUUUUAAAAUAACGAUGGAAAUUUAUGGCAUGCCUGCGAGCCGCGAAGUACUGCCGCACGAGAUUAAGUACCACAUUGCGUUGGGUAAAAAGAAAGGCGGAGGCGGAUCCAACAAACUGCUCCACACCCCAAAAGCACUGAAAAGUAACUCGCGCCUCAUCAUGCCCCCGGUACAGUCACCAGCUGGUCCGCAAGCCGUUCGUUCCCCGUCGCUGACACUGUACGGAUUUAUAAUUUUCUCACUGAAAGAGAUCCAACGGACGAGCUGGACGCUUAAUCCCAUCUCGGGCUGCGCCAGUCCGUUGGAUGGCACCGUUAAUAUGCGCGUCAACUGUGAGCUAGCGGUCACGGUGGACUAUCAUGGAUUUUUAACGAUGUACGAGGAUGUUUCGGGGCUGGGCGCUUGGCAUCGACGCUGGUGUCGGCUGCAGCGGCACGUCAUUAAUUACUGGCGGUAUCCGGAUGACGAGAAGCGGAAGGCACCAAUCGGAAGCAUUGAUCUGCAGGGUUGCAUCACCCAGCGUGUUGGUGUUGCACCGCGCGAUAUCUGCUCCCGGUUGAACACACUAAUGUUGGAGUUUGCACGACCCGCACGGGAUGAUGAUGUUGAAUCGCUGAAAGUCGUUCGUCAAGGAAAAACCACGAUCGAAAGGUAUCUGCUUUCGGCGGAUUCGAAAGAAGAGCGAGACGAAUGGUGCGCACAUCUUAACAAAACGUUGGCACUGUUAAAAGCAUGGGGCUCCAGCAACGUCACCAGCAGUUAA